AUGGCAAUGGGAGCAAAUUCAGUUGGCAAUGGACGCAAAUUCAAUUUCUAUGGAAGCCAAUCAGAUGUCAAUGGUAUCUUAGGCAACGAACCUCUCCCACCUACAUCCUUCCCACUUUCAGUUAGUAAAUCUUCUUCAAUGGGUGAUAUUGAUUAUCCCCAUUUGUUGGAAUACUACAAACUUGCAUACCUCACUCCUGAUCUCGUCCAUUAUCAAAAUGCUUUUGCCUCUCCAUUCUUUGUUGACAAUCAGAUUAUAAAGUUGAAAUCAAUCAAUAUUCUUGGCCAAGUGUACUAUGGCAAUAAUGACAUCACUGGCUGCGGAUCAUAUGUCCAAUCAUUGUUUCUUGGCAGUGAUAGAAGUACAGAAACAACCUUCACUUGUCAAAUCAAGUAUAUCUUCAUUCAUUCAUUUACUCCUCCUUCAACGUCGCCCUACUAUGAAGCCGAUUCUACUCAUCAUGAUCAACAUGUAUUUGCGUUUGUCAACUGGCUUCCAUUACUUAGAGAUAAAUCACAAGAGAAAAAUAGAGUUGAUAUUUGUAGUUCAACACCUUCGCUAUUAAACUAUUAUUCAAUUUUGCCUGUACAUAGAAUCUCUUUAGAAGUAGCAAUUGCUAAUCAUACAACAGGACUUGUCUAA